AUGUCGCUCACAACCUGGAUUGUCGCCGUGUCGACAAGCACCUUUGCCUACUUGUACCUGCUGCAUCGAUCUCUCAAAAAUGGCCUGGAGCACGAGCACUUUCGAGGCCCGCUGUCUAACCUUUCGAAUUCUCCUUCAUCCCUCAACUUCAACUCCAUGACCACGAUCCCGCCCGACAUCUCCAAGGCUAGUCACGACUGUCUAUACGAGAAGGUCACUCGUCGCGUGCCCCGCCAGCUGCUCCCCACCACCCACCAACCCUCCGACCUGCUCAACAUCCUCCUCCGCCGCAACAUGGCGGCCUUCGCCUACUUCCCCCAAGCCUACAUGCUCUGGAUCCUUAGCGGCUCGGGAUCCCGCGCGACCUUCAAGCCGUCCCGCAUCCGCAGCCUGGACUUCCAGCGCGGUGAUAUUAUCUGCGGCAUCUAUCGCGUGGCCGAGCGUCGCCCGACCAGCGUCGAGUUCGAGAUCUGUUCCCCCCACGGCGGCGGCGAGGUCGAGGGCCGGCUGCUGCUGCGGUUCUGGGACGAAGCCAAGGAGGUGGUCUUCGCCAGCGAGUGUGUGCUGUGGAUCACCACGGCGGACGGAUCGUCGCUGCAGGAGAAAAUGCCUUUGAGGAAUCCCGUCUGGCGGUUCUUUCACGAGCUGGCCUCCUGGUGGCUGCUGGACUCCGGGGUGCGAUACCUGAUCGACCUGUCAAUGGACGAGGAGUGA